AUUCAAUAUUGAGACUAAAAUCAGCAUCUGGAAGCUCUCCCUCCCCCCCUCCUUUCACAUGCCCACGCUAGACGCUGCCCGGAUGGUAUAUAAAGGCCAGCCGCUUUCUGGCUGGCACUCAAGUCUUCCGGUGACCCCUUGUAACACGCACAGCAACUAUGGCUCGUCUUCUGCUCCCGGUCAUGACUGUGGCCCUGGCCAUGGUGGCAGGCGCCAUGGGCCAGCAGGUGGGCUGUCCUUCAGGAUAUUCCGAGGCUCAGAUUCCGACCUUCAGCCUUAUCAAUGCAGAAAAACCUGUUAUUGAUAAAUUACUUCAAGACCAAGCUUUUGUGGAUUUGGUGUACAAUUGCUUCCUUGGAAAAAAUUGCGACCAAUGCUCCCAGAAAGACGAGGCUAGACAGGCAUUAGUGGUGUUGCCGUGGGUGUUCAUUCAUUGCACCCAGAACCCUGCCAUCUGCAACCAGGAGCAGAGAGCCAGGGCAUCAUACAUUGCCACAGAAAUCAACAAAAGGUACUCCAAACAGUACCAGGAAAUCCUCCAGCUCUUCAAUACUCAAUAAGCACCUCAACACACAACCCAUCCUGCCACCCCUCAUGUUUCCCGCUAUAUAACUUCCAUCAGUGUUUGUGGACUGUCUACACACACGUCAACUACUCCUUGUUGAAGUCUGUUCAUAUUUGAUAUUUAAUUUAAUAAAUCCAUAAUGUGAAGA